AUGUCGUCCAUCAUCAGACCCCUUGUGGUAAAGAGGGCUGUGGCCGCCUCGCCAUACCUCGACCCGCUCCAGUGGUCUGACAACCAUCAAUUGGCCAUCAACAAUGACACCCAGAUCACCAUCCUCGAGCCCAAACUCCCCAGUCUUUCCAACGCCAUCUCGUUGGUGGGGUCAGUGGUGGUGCUAGACUCCAAGGAAGUGUUCCAGACCACGACUGUACUCCGUCCUGAGUCCCAUGAGGCACUUCCGCUCCGUAACUUCAACAAAGUGGUGGUGGAGUCCUUGGAUGAGCCCUACCUGUUGAAGCCCUCUAACGAGAUGGUGAUUGUGGGCCACCAGUGGACGCCAUCCCAACACACCACCAGGGACAACUACCUCGGGGUGUUGUUCAACUCAGGCGAAUUGCUCAUCUUGGAAAGAGAGAACCUCCAGGUGGGCCAGUUCAAGGUCAAGGUCGAUCUCUUCCGCACGUUGUGCCAGGAGUUUGGUGUACUCUACGAAGAGAACGAGAUAUCCAUCUCCAGCUCGGUGUACCACUCUUUGAAGAUCAAGUGCUUCUUCUUCUCCCAGGUGCCCAUUGGCUCGGAGUCCGUGCUUUUUGUCACCGUCAUCACUCAUCUGGGUAACAUUCUCGUGUAUCAAUUGACUGGCUCAAGGAACGAUGAAUUGACUCUCAGCGCCAGAAUCGACACCAACCACAACAUCUUGAAGCAGUCCUGGUCCGAUUGGCUGGCCCAGGACCACAUCUACACAUGCCAUUUCUCGAUUGUUCUUGCUGACAACUCAAUCCAAUACUACCAGGUCACCUACGAUGCAGUUGCCGCCAGCUUGCUGUUCUCCGAACCCGUGCAACUUGUCAAGAGCUCGAGGUUCCUAAACAAUAAGAAUGAGUGGCUCUUAGUGGAUGGAAAUGCCGUAUUAUUGACCACCUCAACCGGGAGCCUUCGCAUAGUCACAAUCAACAGUGCCAACGAGAUCCAAGUGACUACCCAGAAGCUCUCCCACUACUCUACUAUUGCUGGUAUUGUCCAUACCUUCCAUGGAAGCGAUCUUGAUAUUAUUAUUACUUUUGAAAAUGGGGUGUUUGAGACCUAUAAGUUCCAUGUGGAAUCGAAAAUCAUCACCCAAGCCCCAACUCCCAAGGAAUUGACUUCCUUCGUGGGCAAGUGCUUGUAUUCGUACCAAAUGCAAAAAACUGAGGAUAAUGCCGGUGGUGAAGAUCAGCCUCUAGAAGGCUCUUUCAUCAACUAUGGAAUACACCUAGGAAAGGAUGGAAUUAUCACUAUUGUCUACAAGGUGAUUCCAAAAGAUGUAUUAAUCUACGAAAUUGCUUCUUUGAGUGAGUUCCAGGUAGCGUUUAUCAAGUCAGAAGUGUUUCCAGAACGGGCCAAUCCUGAUACCCUCAACAACACUUCCCUUGGCUACGUGAGCAACUUUUGGCUCAAGAGAUCGAGCAUAUUACCGGUAUUUCCCUACGAUAAAGGAAGAGAAAUCACUCCGGAACAAUUCGAGAGAUACCUCAACGAUGUAGUCCAAUUCAAAGACACAUAUUUCCCCAGCAACAGCUUGGAUUUAGAAAUCCGUGAUGAAGACAUUUUCCCCAGCUUCCGCUUUACCAUGAUUAGUAACUUAAAUCACAAUAGUUUUGUCAAAGAUCUACAGGUGGUGACUAAUUUGAAUAAGUUGAUCCUUUCCGCUUUGAAUCAAGUUCCCGAAUCUGAACUAAAGGCCAAGCUAGAAAAAUCGAUCCGGGAAGAGAUCCAGGAUAUAAAAAUUAAGCUCAAACUGUUCCUAUACAAGAUAGUCCUCAAGUAUGUCAAGAUAAACAACUUUCAGCCCACUGAUCAGGUUGACAAAUACUUGAUAAUAAGAUUCUAUCUUGAGUUAAAGGAGUUGGAUGGCAACGCCAGUGUUGAGUAUUUGCACAGUAUUCCAGAAGAAGCCGAGAUUAGCAUCACUACCAAGUUUUUCGAGGAACUGUUCAAAGUUACUGUCCAUGACAUAGCUGAAGACAACUCUGAGCUUGUAAACUCUACCACCAAUCACAAAUGGUCCAAAUGUACCUUGACCAACAUUCCCUUGUUGCAAAUGAAUAACAGACAAGACGAGGCGGGAGAGUACAACUACAUACUCUAUGACCAGGUGUUGAUGGGGCAAAGUGUGCUUGUUAAGGAGUUAUUAGAAACUUUACAAUUCUGCUACAUCACCGGUAACAGGACUUAUAAUAUUCAAUAA